AUGAUGUGGCCACCGAGAAGAGGAUCAAGAGAAGCGCCGUACUUCGAUGGCAGCAAGCUUGAGGAACUUCUGUGGUUCUUUGAAGACAUUGAGAUGUUAGCUGCCGACUUCCAGAAGGACGCUGAGUGGAUGUGCAAGCAAGUGACAUACUAUGCAGCAACGAGCUGUAGCAGUUUGUGGGCUACCGUGCCCGAGUUGAAGAAGAAAGGAGUGCACAAUUGGAGCAUUGUGAAAGAGGAGAUCAGAAAGCUCUAUCCGGAGCUGAUCAAUGGUCAACGCUAUACGAGAGCCAAUAUCACGCAACUAGUCAAUGUGCAGAGUGAGAAGGAAAUGACAGUGCAGACAGAGUUUGGCUGCUACUGCUGCAAGUUCCAGGUGCAAGCAGAGUACUUGAAGGAGCAAGGGAAUAUGUCAGCAUGCAAGUUAGACUACAAGCCUGUGUUCACAGUAGGCACAAUCAAUGAAGCAAAAGAUAGGUCAAAUGCAAGUGAGGGAGAAAAGUAUGAAGCUGUUCUUGGAGCAGAUUUGGAUGCAGAGGUGAUGAGGUUGGAGGAAUGCUUGAGGGAUGUGAAGAGACAAAGAGAGGAGGCAAGGACCAUGAAGGCUAACACAAAGCCAGUCAAAGUCAGACUAAAGCAAAGUACUGAGUUGAGCAAGAUCAUCAAGCAGGUCUUAGACCAGAUGAUGGACAGUGUUGUCACAUUAACACACUGUGAGUUGUUUGCAAUAGCUCUGGAGCUUGAGUGCCAGUAUGCAGCUAAGCUUAUGAGGAUGACUCAGAUGUAUGACAAAAUGCUGAACAAGGCCAGAAGUGGACCUGCAAAGGCAGAGGAGGAAGAGACAAGUGAGGAAGCAAGGACUGACAGUAGAGAAGAUUAG